CUUACCGAGCCCGAUCCCAGCAGAAAACGCCAAAGUCAUCGUCGCAUUUUUUGAAUCUGGUGAAACAAGAAACAAUCUCGUACGGCUUUGUUCGAUAAUUAUUCAAGGGUCUCACUUUUAUUAAUAACAAGCAAUGGAUCGCCUGCUUCGACUUGGUGGGGCUAUGCCUGGCCUAACCCAGGGACCUCCGCCGACUGAUGCGCCCGUUGUGGAUACUGCCGAACAGGUUUACAUUUCUUCUCUGGCCUUGUUGAAAAUGUUGAAACAUGGUCGUGCUGGAGUUCCGAUGGAAGUUAUGGGUUUGAUGUUGGGAGAAUUUGUGGAUGACUACACAGUUCAAGUGAUUGAUGUAUUCGCAAUGCCUCAAACCGGUACUGGAGUGUCGGUAGAAGCCGUUGAUCCAGUGUUCCAGGCGAAAAUGUUAGAUAUGUUAAAACAAACUGGUAGACCGGAGAUGGUGGUUGGGUGGUACCAUUCGCAUCCGGGUUUCGGUUGUUGGCUUUCCGGGGUCGAUAUCAAUACACAGCAAUCGUUCGAAGCGUUAUCCGAACGUGCGGUGGCCGUCGUCGUUGAUCCAAUUCAAUCGGUCAAGGGGAAGGUUGUGAUCGAUGCUUUCCGGUUGAUCAACCCAAACAUGUUGGUUCUGGGCCAGGAGCCUCGGCAAACCACGUCCAAUUUGGGACAUUUACAGAAGCCGUCGGUGCAGGCUUUGAUUCAUGGACUCAAUCGCCACUAUUAUUCGAUUAGUAUUAACUACAGGAAGAAUGAGUUGGAGCAAAAAAUGUUGCUGAAUCUGCAUAAAAAAUCAUGGAUGGAUGGACUUACGCUCGCUAACUAUCAGGAACAUUGCAGCAUAAAUGAAAGCACUAUUAAGGAAAUGCUGGAAUUGGCGAAAAAUUAUAAUAAGGCUUUGGAGGACGAAGAAAAGAUGACGCCGGAGCAGUUAGCCAUUAAGAACGUUGGCAAACAGGAUCCUAAGCGGCAUCUUGAGGAAAAAGUGGACACUCUGAUGUCGAAUAACAUUGUCCAGUGUUUGGGCGCGAUGCUGGAUACGAACGUGUUUAAGUAAGCAGGUUAAGCCGAAAACUCCAAUCAAAAACUGACUCGUUUGCUUGGAUAUGUGCGCUGGUUCUGAAAUUUAAAAUAUAAAUUUACU